GCUUCAGCGCCCGUCGGGGAAGCAGUUGACAGCAGCAGACAAGAGCAGGCCGAAGUGGGUAAACAAAACAAACAUAUGAAAAAAAGAGCAAAGACAACCGAACACUUUGAUGUAAUUUUAUAUGCUUAGGAUGUUUAAUAUUGUUUUUAAGCUGCUCGAAUUCCGUUAAAGAAGAAAUUCGUUAGCAGAGGGAGGGCGUGCACCUGCCAGAGCUAAAUAGGUUAACCUAGCUAACGUGUGCUAGCAGCCUCUCAGGUUAGCAGACUAGCCUUCCAGCCAUGUCGUCCCCCUCCUCCUCCCGGCGCCAGUGGUGCUACCUGUGCGACCUGCCGAAGAUGCCGUGGACUGUGGUGUGGGACUUCAGCGAGGUGGUUUGCCGUGGCUGCGUGAACUACGAAGGAGCUAAUCAGAUAGAGUUCCUCAUAGCGAGUGCCCGACAGCUGAAACGGACCCACGGGAUGCAGGACGGUAACGUCAGGUCACCUGGUCCCUCGCCUAAUAAACACAGCACAUCUGGCAGAGGAGAUGCGGAUGGAGGCAGGCCCCUGCACAUGGACCGCUUCGAAAGGGGAGGAAGAGGAGAAGUCACCGUGUCAGCUAUUCGUGUCCCCCCCAACGGGCUGCACCGUGACGGCCAGCAACAACAAGAAGUACACCGUCAGAGCCCCAGCGGGAGCAGAAGACCCAUGCUAGGCGCUACCAUCAAUCCUAACCUCGUAACUCAAAGUAUCGCAGGGAUUCCCCAUGGGCUACUUGCGGGCAUGACGGCUGGUCUGACCGCCAGGACAGCCCCAAUGAGCAACCCCAUGAUCUUCCCAGCGCCGGUGCUGGCCGAGAUGAGCCGCAGACAGCUGGGGAUCGGGAUGGGGAUAGCCCCUUUCAUCACUCCGGAGCUGGAGCGAGAGCUCAGUUCAUCCCAGAACCAGUCCAAGAAUCAGACGCAGAUCCACAGUGCUGGUGCUGGCAGCAGCUCCAGCAAGAGUUCAGGCCUCCCUUCUUCUUCCUCGACCCCAGCUGGAAGUGUGAGCCAGACCAGCCCCAAGCCUGCCUCAUCUCCAGCCAGGCAGCCACGCCCCCUAACCUCCAGGUCUGGAGUGGAACCCCUUGGUUCCAGCUCCUCAGCAGAGGCAGCCACCACGGCUGCAGCAUUACCCCACAGUGGUGCCUCUGAGCUGGGAUCAGCAUCUGCCAGCAACAGCCAUUCAACAGGAAACACGCUGUCGUGCACCCUGUGUCAUGAGAGGCUGGAAGACACACACUUUGUACAGUGUCCAUCAGUGCCCGGGCAUAGGUUCUGCUUCCCCUGCACCAGAGUGUACAUCCAGAGCCGGCGGGGAGAUGGGGAGGUGUACUGUCCUAGCGGCGAGCGCUGUCCGUUGGACACAUCUCCCAACAGCCCCCCUUGGGCGUUCAUGCAGGGAGAGGUCUCCACCAUCCUGGGCUCUGGAGGAGCAGGAGCUGCAUCAGCUGCUGCACCUGGAGCCGGGAACGGGCCAGGAGCUGGAGGCGGGCCCGGGAGCGGAGCUGCCAGCGGAGAUGUCACUGUCAAAAAAGAAAGGGAGACGUGAUGGUGAUUUCCAUGGAAACCAAGCCAGGACCUAACACAGCAACAGUCACAGCAUACCACAAAGAGGUGUCUGCAAUGGAGCUCUGAGAGAUCCAGAAGAGACGCAGCACAGCUCACAUAGCUGACAUUCACAGGUCUCAACUCCAACUUACCCCACCCAAUUCUAUCAACUCUUCUAUCAAUUAUCAGACCUGAAAUUGCCUUUAUGAUGUAGUGGUGGAAUCAGAUAUCAGGGCCAAUCAGCAGUGGCUACUUUUUGUCGAGUUACUUGUGGUUGUGCCAGUUGAAACAACUGAUCACGCCCACUUUAGCACUGCCAGCUAGCUACUGUUAGCAGCUGGAAAUCAAUGGGCUGAAGCAACACAUAGUUUUCAACAGGAGUUUCUUAGAAUCAACAAACCCUACAACUACAACUGUAAUAACUCUAAAAAUGGCUGUAAUGACAUUCAACAUAUUCUCACUACAAGUUGAAUAAGCACCUUAAGAAAUAACCAGUGCCAACAGGACUACUGAACUCUAUAUAUCUAGCUAGUCACCAGUGUAUUAAUAUAUCAUUAUCAUUGAUUUUAUCUGCUAACGCUAGCUAGCUUAGCAGCUCAAGGUAGCUUGUUAGCAGACCACAUAUAGCGAUGUUUUUAGUUUCAAAUGACCCUUCUUAAAUUCACAGAGAGUAGCCAUGGUCCACAGUUUUUUGCAAAAAUACACUCAAUAUUAGCACAAGAAAGCACAAAAGCUUGUUCUGACAAAUCCUACACAAAUGCAGUACUAAAACAGCACCCAAGGUUGUUCUAUUAAUUUCUUUUUGAUAAUCAGAUGUUUGCCGGCAGCAUGCAGUGGAAACAAGUUAAAACCAGCCACGCCACUUUCUCAGCCAGCGCUCGAUCUAAACUAAAAAAAUUAGCAUCUAUGAAUGCACGUGAACAACUGACAUAAAAUUGACAAUGCUAAUGAAAUUGUACCUCAAAUUUUAAAAACAGAUGUAUUAUGUUUUAUGACUGAAUCUGUGUCCUGCCAUACAACCUUUUUUUUCUAAAAAAAUGUAAAAGAAAUCUCCUCUAAAACGAUAUGAGAUGUGGACAGAAUGCCAGUAAUGACAUUUCUCUUUUUGUUUAUUUUGUUUUUUAUGUCGGCAUUAAAUAAAGCUGACUGACUCAGAGAAAGGAGAGUGUGUAGACCAGCCACAGAGUGUGUAACUGUAUUUAAAUGUUGCUUUCAUAAAAGGUCCAGCCCAGCCUACGCUUUACCCCGAAUGUAUAUGAAAGCUAUCUAUUGAUAGGCGUAGGACUAUGUUUUAUACUAGAAUGUUCAUUGUUAGUAUAUCCUGUAUAGAUCUAUAUUAGUAUGUGCAAUCCUUAGUCCUAGUAUAUGCAAAAGUUUGUAAUUAAAAAUGAUUGUUUAUCAUUUCUUAACCCUUUAGAUUUUUAAAAGUUAGAAUCCACCUAAAAGCAGAAUUGUUGGUGUUCAACCCAACAAUGCACACAAGACUUGCUGUCACAUGACUACUAUUUAAAGAUAUAUGCUCAUGGUUUAACUCGGCACAUGGUGACAUUAAUCUUAUCUUAAUUAGAAUAAAUCACCGUCUUCAGAAGUGUGCUUUCCACUCAUAUCCUUAGAACCAUUCGUGUGUGAUCAUACAUACUGUAAAUCUAAUCUAGCCUUUUUUUGACAGAGUAUGAACUAAUAUUGGAUUUUUCAUGAAUUGAACAAUCCAAUAUUAGUCACAUUUUUCCCAAAUUUGCUUUUUGGGGAAUUCUUUCUUUAUGCUCUAUAUGUACUCGACAGUACAGAAGCACAGACAAACCAAAGGUAACUGUACGCCCAAAUUGAUGUUUCUGGAUGUAAAUGUGUUGUGGAAAUCUAUAUAUAUUGCUAUAUUUCUUGGCCAGGUCUUAACCGGUUUUCCUUCAUCAAGCCGUUACAGUUUACAGGCCCACGUGGUCGACUGUACUAAUGGGAUUUCAUAGUAAAAGUCUACGGUAUGCAGCAAAUACUUAAAGGCCUUUUUAUAUUGAUCAGAGUAUCCCACAGAUCAGGUCGGUUGUAGAAAAAAAUGUCUUUGAAGAAUUUCAGUUGAAUAUGCACUGAUACGUCAUGCAAUCCCUUGUUAAGUGCCUUUUUAAAAUGUUUACCGUCUGUUUGUGUGUCUGGGAACCUCAGGGGAAGUGCAGUGGCUUUUUUUAUUGUCUGAUCAAUGAUUAACCUGUGUCCCUUCAGUUGCCAUCAGACGGCUCUGCUUUGAUCCGGAGCCUUUGUAAAGGGGCCAGCCAUUCAUUGUCCUGAUACGGUCUCUCCUCAUAUCUCUUCCUUUCAUUACGUGUCAUCUUUAGAUCUGUUGGCUUUAUUGCAGCUUCAUGUACAAAAUAGAAACCAGGAAUAAACGGGACGGAAACUUG